AUGCCCGCCACCGGGGUCCAAGCCCGGCCCGACGCUGACCCGGACCGGCCGCCUUGCAAUGUUUGCUUUGAUCUUGACAUGGCGCGGAUGCCUGAAUCGAUCAGAUCCGACGAAAGGGCCUGCGAACUCAAGGACAUUAUCAAGGCAAGCAAGAAGGGAUGCCAACCAUGUUACGCCAUCAAAGUUGCCUUACAAAGGGUGAACGGUGUCAACUGUCACGAUAGCAGCCUGUUGCUUGAUACCGCGUUUGUUGUCAUUUACUUUUCCGCAACUGUCCGGAUUGAAGGAUUCUUUCAGUACCGAAACUCGGAGAACAAGGUGACUGCCCUGAGGACGACAGUCGAGUUGUUCACGAAGCCGGGCAAACCAUUGCCGUGGAAAUCCAUUACUGCUUAUAAUGAAAUACCUCUGAAGCUACACUCCAAACAUCGACAGAAGACGAUCCGUGGAUGGGUCAAUGACUGCAACGCAACACACGCAAGUUGCGGCGCGAGUUUGUACCCGCUCGAGCGUCACUCUGCUCCUCGACGGUACCUGGAUCUUGGCAAGACCCCGCGAAACGGCGUCAAAUUAGUCGAUUUUCGCUCCGCUUCUGAACCCUACAUCACCGUCGUCCACGGCUGCACCGGUCUGUUGCCAGCUCCAUCGUCACCGACAACCUCGGAAAACCUGGAGCGGCGCCGAAAGUGCUUGCACUGGUGGCAAAUCCCCGUGGCUCUCCAAGAAACCCUGACGAUUGCCAGCGAAUUGGGUAUCCAGUAUAUCUGGAUUCACGAUUUCUGCGUCGUCCAAGACGCCGAAGAAGACAUGAACUGGCAUUUGGACCGAGAAGACCUCAUCUUUGGACGGUCAUACCUCACUAUCGCCUUGACAGACAUACAGGAUCUCAGACUGAGCAAUUUCGGGCCCGCGCGUAAGGCCAUUACAGAAAUGUCAGAUAACGUCGAUCACGGGACUGGAUCCGUUGCCAUUCAAGUUAGUAAAUUCGGCCGCACAUAUCACAUUCAUGCGCGUGAGGGUAUGUACUGGAGCCAUUUCAUUUUCGCCAAGAGGAGCCUGUUGAAACCCAUGGGAUUCGAAGUUGAAGAAUCAGCGACGAUGGAACGACAUCUGGGACUCUUUCAGCAUGGUCCUGCGUUUCAACGCCUUUUGCUGUCUCGCAGGCUGCUUUAUUUGCACAGGUCAGAGCUGGUGUGGGACUGCCUCGAACAACCCAGAUGCGAGUGCGAUGACAAAUUCUACUUUGGACAAUCUAAGCCAGGCCUCACGAAACACAUCUGGAUGUCACGCGGGGCCGUCAAUUCUCCCGACCAUGUACUCGAUCUUUACAAGGACAUGACGACGCCCAAUCCUGACGAGAGGCUAGCCGUUGUUGCCAGUCUCUUUCGGCAUAUCUCCCGUCUCUAUGGUAGAACCCACUGCGCCGGCAUGGUGUCAAAUUCAGGUGUAAAGCUGGCGGCUGACCUCCUAUGGACCAUCCGGUCAAUGGAGGACUUGCUGUCAGACCGGCCUACUCGAAAUUCCGCACCUGCUCCAGAAGCAUACCGACAUCAUACCGAUCGCAUCCCGUCGUGGUCUUGGGCAUCCAUGGUGCUCAGCAAGGGAACUACAUUCAGAAGAGCCUCGUUCCUAUCGCCGGGUCGUAAACUCGACUCAUUUACUUGCUCUCCGCCAUUCAGCUUAGCGGGAGGCAGCUACUGUGACACCUUACCUGGGAGUCGCGACGAUGGUCUGCUAGCCACCAAGUACCGACUGAAAGUCAUAGGGGCAACUAGAACAGUCACGGUAGUAGGGCCGAAGAGGAGCUGUCACACGCCACAUCUUCUCAAUUGCUACACGCAAGAGGUACCAAAUCACAACUCUUCCAUACUUUUUUCUUUUCAGCCGGACUGUGCGAGGCUCCUCGCUUCCUUCAGGGUGCAGGAGAUGGCAAGCCAAAAGUUUACUAUUCUACUGCUAGGUGUCAUGGGGGUGGUUGAGGGGCCGAGCGAGCCGGGGUGCACGUCAGAACUCGCACAUCAUCUGGAGGUCGGCUUGGUUCUGCGUGAAUCACCGCGGGCACAGGGCUUCGAGCGGGUUGGAGCAUUCGCAUUGCCGGCGAGUCACGGUAUAUUUGCGAGUGCCGAGGUGCGUGAACUGGUCCUGGUCUGA